CUAACCGGAAGUUCCAGCGCAGGCGACGGUAAACAGAAGUUUAAACAGCUCAGUGGAAACAACGAAAACAUGGACGACGACGUGCUAACAACGUUAAAGAUUUUAAUAAUCGGAGAAAGUGGUGUCGGUAAAUCAAGUUUGCUGCUGCGCUUCACAGAUGACACUUUCGAUCCAGAAUUAGCUGCAACUAUUGGAGUGGACUUCAAAGUGAAAACUAUUGCAAUAGAUGGCAACAGAGCAAAGCUGGCGAUAUGGGACACAGCGGGUCAGGAGAGAUUCAGGACUCUAACACCAAGCUACUACAGAGGAGCACAGGGCGUCAUUUUAGUGUAUGAUGUGACAAAACGGGACACGUUCACAAAACUUGAGAACUGGCUGAAUGAGCUGGAGACAUACUGCACACGCAACGAUCUGGUUAAAAUGCUUGUGGGGAACAAAAUUGACAAGGACAAUCGUGAAGUAGACAGGAAUGAAGGCUUGAAGUUUGCACGGAAACACUCUAUGCUUUUUAUCGAGGCUAGCGCUAAGACGCGGGAUGGAGUACAGUGUGCCUUUGAAGAACUAGUGGAGAAGAUCUUGCAGACGCCGGGGCUCUGGGAGAGCAGCAUUCAGAACCACGGAGUCCAGCUGUCCGAUCACGAGCAGCAGCGCCAGGGCGCCUGCGGGGGCUACUGCUCCCUGGUUUAACAUCUUCACCUCGUCCCACAACCACAAACUGAGAUGGAAUUUUUUUUUUCUUUCUUCUGAAUGAGUGCUGCUUCUGAGGGGGAAUGGUCUGCUCCCUUAAGAGCUGGUCAAAGGGACCUUUGCAGUUUGCACACUAUUCUGUGUCACUCAGUUUUUGUCUUCAAAUUCCCAGUAUUGUCAUAUUAAGUCAUGUUAUUCUCGAUUAAUGUUUCGCAGUGCUAAAAGACCUGUACCCUAUGUAAUGUUGUCAUGAAUAAAUGUUUAAUGUUACAUUUUGAGCAUCUUGAAAUAUGGCAGGUAUUUGCCACCCAGCAAGAGGACCGAGCUGACAUUAUUCCCCCUCAAUGGAAGCGUUGCUUUUGACCUGAUGUGUGUAGGCCAAUAGGAUUGCAGGAGUGGAGGGGUUGAAAUAUUUGAGGAUCUUAUCAGUGUGGUGAACGCAUUGAGUCAAACAUGAUCAACAUCAAAUGGCCUGUGUGUACAUGUCUACAUGUUAAAUUUCCUUUAUACUAUUUGUUUAAUCUGUUUUCUGCUGCUCCUAUUUUAAACUCAUAAUCCCAUGUUAUUUUUAUAAUAUGUUUUGCCUUGGAAUGUUGCUUAGCAUGAUCCUGCAUUCUUUAGCUAGAAAUAUUCUUCUAUAAAUAAUAUAUCCUGAUCCAUCUAUGCUGAAGUAAUUCAGCCAUUUUGUAAAUGCAGUGUAGCCACAGUAUCUCUCCUGACUUGAGAUACAAUGCUGUUUGUUUUUGAAAUAACAUCAUUAAUGUAAUCCAUGACGGUUACCUAUUUCUUGUCGAAAUAACACUUGGGAUGAUCCACUUUACUGCAUUGUGUUGUAGGCAUUUCUUCACUCCUGUGUAUUAAUGUGUAGCUUAUCUAGUUCAGUGUGAAUGAUACCAAAAACUACUUCUGUAUUUGUUGUUAUUAAUCGCAAAGACUGGGACAUGUUUGAAGUAAUAUCUUGAUUUUCAAGUUUUAGUUUAGAUUGACUCGACACAGAAAAGAUUUGAUCAUGCCUUAAUAUUUUUUAGAGAGUGUGUCAAAGUAACCAAUGUUACAUGGAAAUAGUGGUAAUUUAAUUUAUUGAUGAAUAUAUCUUGGUCAUAAGGCUUGAGUACUAAUGUUUUUGACAUGCAUUGCUCUAAUUGAGAUGUUUGCUCUAUUACAUAAAGAAUUAUCCAGUCAUGGGAGGAAUUACUUCUGGCUUCAUUUAGUCUCAAAAGCAAACACUAACCAGUAUCCUAAUUAGGACCUCUUGUAAUUUAUUGGUUUUAAAUUCAGAUUCAACAAUGUUGUACUUAUAAACACUUUAUACUCAGUUCUGUAGACAAUUGUUUCCUCUGAGGCUGUUGUACUCGAACAGUGAUGUUCUAGUCUAUGCCAUGUUCCGUUUAUGUGUUUGAAGGCAACAGUACCGUUUUCUUCUUUGAAUUAAAA